UAAACAAAUCCUCAGCAGCAGCACGUGAAAGGUCGAUUUCCACUGAAUAUGGACGCUGUUUGUCAUUAAACAGUGCGAUGGCAGCCCGCAGUAUUUUACUUACCCGUCGGGUUUUGCCUCUUGGACAUCAUUUACGGCGUGUCUUACCUGUGAAGACCUUUUGCUCUUCCACGCGCGACGAGGUUCGCUUGGCACAGGAGGCCGGCAAGAAAUACGGGAAACCUGAACUCACUAUAUUUUCUAAAAUAAUUGACAAAACUAUUCCUGCAGCCAUCAUUUAUGAGGAUGACAAAUGUCUGGCUUUCAGAGAUGUAAAUCCCCAGGCGCCUGUGCAUUUCCUGGUUAUUCCUAGAGUUCCCAUUCCUCGGAUCAGUGAAGCACACGACGAGGAUGCAUUGCUCCUGGGUCAUCUUUUGAUUGUGGCCAAAAAUGUAGCGAAGAAAGAAGGGCUGGAUGAAGGAUACAGAGUUGUCAUAAACGAUGGAAAGAAUGGGGCACAGUCCGUGUAUCACCUUCACGUUCAUGUUCUCGGAGGACGACAAAUGAAAUGGCCUCCAGGAUAGAUGGACCUUCUGUCUGAAUGAAAGUAACGCUCUGCAUUUCGUAGGAGACAAGCAUAACUGAUAUGCAAAAUGAAAAUUAGUUGGAAAUUACCCCCCCAAAAAAAUUGUUUGUCAAAUAACGAGAGAGUGGGAAUUAUUUUCUAGGUUAAAAUGAAUUAGACUGGUUUUCAGUGUGCAGUUGAUGUUAACAAGCUGUUGGGUAACCUGCACUUAACUGGGUUGGGUUACCUUUACUGUUGUUUACUGUCAUCACUGGGUAAUAAAAAUGUUCUUGUGACUUUUGCAAAGUUCACAGGUUGAUACGGGCUUUUUGCACAACGGGUAUAAAGUGUUUGCCAUAUGCAAACGAGGUAUUGAAAAGGAAGACCAUAAAUAUAGAAAUAGGAAGUAAAAGCACUGUGGUGUUAAUGAAAUGCAAGCAGAACAAAUUUCUUGCAUAAAAUGCUGCAUUUAAGUCAGUGGGACAACAUGCGUAGAAGUCAUAUUAUUUAAAAUACACAGCAGUUCCUUCUCCCCCUGUUCAAUAAAUAAGGGCCUCUGAGUUUAUACCGUGAAGACGCGUUUUAGGACGUGCUAAAAUAAAAACAUACGAUCAGAAA